AUGCCAUUUGCCAAACGGAUCGUUGAGCCUCCUUUCCUGUGCAGACAUCCCAUCCCCAAUGAUGAAGGGUUGCUGUUCGAGGAUCUGUGCUCCAUCAGCAAUGUGGUUCUAUCCCGGACCCUGCGGCAGCUCUCCGACCUGGCCAAACACGCCUGUUCCUUAUUUCAGGAGCUUGAGAACGAAAUCGUCUGCACAAACCAACGGGUCUGGGCGCUGCAGAACAAAAUAGGCAAAAUUCAGCAAAGCGCCAGCGCGCUGGAUCCGAAACUGGAGGCUGUGCCUGUAUCAAAUCUUGACAUUGAGAGUAAAUUGACAUCGCACUAUCUGGCACCAUGGCAUCAGCAGCACAAUCUGUUCCACUCGUGUACACGACCACCAUGCCUGGAGGAGUUACACCGACAUGCCAAGCUCAACCUGCGGGCACUGCACAGAGACCAGCAGCAGCGUCAGCGUUCAACCAGCAGGGAGCGUGGUCGGGUCACCAUAUCAAUAUCGGUGGCACCGCCCAUGCCAACCUACCCCUCAACUCACAAACUCAGAAGGCGCGAGCAGAGGGGCCGACACUCACGUCUGUACCAGCGCUCACGAUCCUCCUCCCCUAUUCAGUGUUGUUACUUCAUACCCUGGAUUAGAAAGGUGGGUACCAACAAGGAGACAGAUGGAGAAAUACCAGUGCUGAGCCACAGGCCUAAAUGUCCAGUUCCCAACGUCGCUAACACCCUGGACAAACAGACGAAUUGGUCCAAAGCCCUGCCUCUUCCCUCACCAGAAGAGAGAAUGAAGAAUGACUCUCAUGUGGUUUCGUCCUGUAUCAUUCCCAUCAAUGUCACUGGUGUUGGAUUUGACAGAGAAGCCAGUGUUCGUUGUUCUCUUGUUCACUCACAAUCGGUUCUACAGAGGCGUCGGAAACUCAGGAGGCGAAAAACGAUCACUGGUAUCCCCAAACGAGUUCAGCAAGACAUGGACUCUGAUGAAUCACCUGUGGCUAGAGAGAGAACAGUGAUUAUCCAUGCCAACCCACACAAGUCACUGUGGCAUGAGGAGCCCUGUCUGAGCGGCCGAGCUUUGCACACCAAGGACUCUGGCUGUCAGACAGAUGACUUACUGAUUGCUGCUCCAUCCAGGAGGCGUAUUCGUGCCCAGAGAGGUCAAGGAAUUCCAGCCUCUCUCUCACAUUCAACAGGAAACAUCACCUCCCUGCCGGAUCGUUCUGAUACGGUGUAUGCUGCAGCAUCAGCUAUGCGCAUCCGUUCUAGAAGCUUACCCCGUGAAGGUGGACGGCUUCUAGAUGAGGACCAAGAUGACAGUGAUGAUGAUGAUGAUGAUGAUGAUGACGAUGAUGAAGAGGAAGAUGAGGAACUCUCUCCUUAUGAGGCUGAGGACUUUCUGCCAGUCCCAGGACAGAGAAUCCCAAAGGAUGAGGAGGAGAGUACCGACGACCAGACCAUGCCAGAGCUCCAGUUUGGAAGUCUCAAGCAUAUGCAGCACUCUGGGAGUCCUGACCAUGCAUGGAUUGAGAGAGGCAGAUCCAGGCUCCCACGCAAAGUUGAUAUGGGGAGCUGUGAGAUUUCCUCCAGCUCAGAUACUUUUAGCAGCCCCAUCCACUCUGCCUCAACUACAGGAGUGCUUGGCAGCCAGAUUGACCAUAAAGAUGACCACCAGUCCUCAAGUGGCAACUGGAGUGGAAGCAGCUCCACAUGCCCAUCGCAGACAUCAGAGACUAUCCCGGCUGCUGCCUCGCCGCCCCUGACUGGAUCCUCGCACUGUGAUUCAGAACUUUCCCUCAGUACUGGCUCCCAUGUCAUUGAUGACACCACUGGCUUUAUAACUGACCCCUACCACAUGGACAAGCCACAAGGACAUGGGCACAGGUCCAAUUCUUUCACCUCAUCAGCGACUGAUCAGUUGGAUGAUGCAGGGGUCAGCACUGCAAGUGAUGGUGAGUGGAACUGCACCCAGGACAUACAGGAUCAGCUCUACCCCCAAGACUUCAGCCCAAAGCAUUCCAGAGAGGAUGAGAGUGGUGUCAGCUGCCCGAGUUAUUCCAGUGGGGAAACGUACGAGAGCUACAGUGAACAACUUUCCACUGGGAAAUCAGAGACACACUACAUUGUUGACACUGAAGGAUUCUAUUCCUCCAUGCACUUUGAUUGUGGUCUUAAAGAUAGCAGAAGCUACUACAACUAUGCAGCCAUCGACCCCGACUGUGGCCCAAGUGGGAAUAUAGCACCUGUCAUUGGUGAAUACUCCCAGUCAGAAUACAGUGCCACCAGGACACUGGGGAGACAGUGUCUCUCUUUAAGAAAACCAAAGGCCAAGCCACUCCCACCAAAACGUAUCUCUUCAUUAAGGGAAACAAGCAGCAGUGUGAACGUUCUAGAGCAGAACGAACCAAAGAUUACUAGCGAGCUGCCACUGCCCUUGUCUUCCAGAGAGAUGAAAUUGCAACUGGACUUAGCUGGUUCUGCAGGGAACAUUGAGACUGCAGGUCUCGAGUCACUUGGCACAUGGGGAGUGGAGAACGUUAGAGAUAUACUCGACUGCUCCUCUCCAUUCAGUUCCUCAGACACACAUUCCUUCAAGGAUGAAGGUGCUGUGCAAGCAGACUAUGCAGAUCUCUGGCUCCAAAAUGACUUGAAAGCCAAUGACCCUUACAGGUCACUGUCCAACUCUAGCGCUGCUACAGGUGCAACUGUUCUUGAAUGCAUCAAGUCACCAGAAAAUGCAGAAGUGCAAGCCCGUCGACCCAGGUCCAGACCUACUUCCCCAACUCUUCCUCCGCCUGAGGGAGACUUUAAGCUGAGUUCCCCUGAAAAACUGGCAGGGUUAGCGUCCCCUUCUAGUGGAUAUUCAAGCCAAUCUGAGACACCUACUUCUUCCUUCCCCUCCGCUUUCUUUCCAGGACAGCUGUCCCCAACCAGUGGCAAGAGAAAACCCAAAGUACCUGAAAGGAAAUCCUCACUUUGUUCCCUCCAACAGCCACAGUUUUCUGUUAGAGAUUCAGGCAGGAGAGAAACUGACUUCCAGACCAUACCCCCCAGUCAGCUCGACCUUAGUGCUCUUCUCAGCAAGAACUUUCCUCACAGGAAUCAGAUGCACAUUCUCCACCAGAACAAGCAGAAAGCUGCAAUAGCUGCAGCUGCUGCUGCAGAAGCUCGCAAUGCUGCUGGCGCAUCUUCUACAGAAAGUGCAGCAAGUGCGGAAUCCGGUUCAGCCCAUUUGGCCAUCACGCCAACUGUUCUUAGAUCUGUGCAACUGCGAUCUAUUUGUAGACAAGUUGAUGGAAACAAAGGGUAUGAUCUGGUCAGUGUUAAUCAAGCAGCUCGUCCCAGGUAUCCCAUAGUAAAUGAUCCCCUAUCCUCUCGCAACAGGUACAACAGGAAACCACCAGCCUACAAACCCCCAGCAGUGCAGCUCUGUGAGUCGCAGGUUCCACUGAUAGACAAUGUUGUUCUUCCCCAAGAGGAGGUGAGAGUAAGACAGGAAAAGCUUGGUCCUGGUACUUACUGGGCGAUGACUGCCUUCAGAACACCUGUAGACCCUACUCCUGAAAAAGAUGAACCUUUAACCAGAUCUCAGUCUCUAGGUUCUGAGAUGCUCAGGUCUCAGCAAGAACAAGAGAGCAGAAAGUACCAAGAUGAGCAACUGGCAUUUUCACCAGAGAGACUUAAACAAGUACUUCAUCAACUAACACAGCCAGACUCUUCAACAGAGCCCCUGUGUUUGGCCAGCACAAUGCCACCCCCAGCUUACAGUGAGAUUCCGAGGAGCAAUUUUGUACUGUGCAACAGUCCUGUCAAAGUGCCUGUUUCUAUUCAAGAGGCAUCGCACACUUACACAAUCAGCGAUGUACAAGGCAGAGAGGAGGAUUAUGAGACAUCAGGUAUCACAACCAGAAGUGCCUCAGAGGACAUAAGGGAGGAAGGGUCAACACCAGAAACAGAGGACUACUUCAGCAAAGAGUCUACUCCUAGUGAAAAUUCAACAUCUCCUUUGACCGAUGACUCUAAACCUGAAGAUGAUGAUGAUGAUGACGAUGAUGAUGAUGAUGAUGAUGAUGAUGAUGAUAGUGUUUUUCCAUCUCCCAACAAACUACGCACAACUGAAGAUCUGUUUGCUAUGAUACACAGAUCUAAACGGAAAGUGCUCGGACGUAAAGUUUGGGAGCUGAGUGUAAAAAGUCGACCUGGUGUUGUACCUGCAACAGCCCCUGUCUGUAAUCCUCCUUACUGCCUGGUCAUCCCUGCUGCCUCAGUCCCUCCAAACAUCUCACAGCGAGCCUCAGGACCCAUCUACAGAAGUGCCAAAAAGUCCAGCACGUCCAGUGAGGAGUUCAAACUCCUGCUGCUGAAGAAGGGUAGUCGCUCAGAUUCGAGUUAUCGCAUGUCUGCUAUAGAGAUCCUGAAGAGCCCUGUCGCACCCAAGUCUCAAGGAGAGCUGCUAUUACAGGCUGCAAGGCAACCAGAGGAGACCUCCUUAACCCAACAGGAUUCUCCUGGCGGUGGAGAUCCCCUUCCGAGUCCAUUUCCUAUAGCUAACAGUGAGGGAUUCUCCCCGAAAACACUUACCAUGUCAGCUGCUUCCAGACAGGGACGAUCUAGAAUUCCACCUGCGGCAAACAGCAGCCGCUAUAGCACGCGGAGUCGGCUCUACACAGCCCCAAUGCAGGCCAUAUCAGAAGGAGAGACUGAGAACUCGGAUGGAAGUCCACACGAUGACCGCUCUUCCUAG